UUUCUCCUUCCGUCAUUCAAAUUUCUCCUGAUACCACUUUCUUCCCCCUACACAUCUACCCUCCACUCUCAUACUCUCCACAUAGCUUUCCUCGCAGAACAAAUCUUACUAAACACUCUCACGUUCAUGGUACCCUCACCUCAUCAGAAACACCCGCUCAAACAACUACAUCAUCUUUUUAUGCAACACACGCUACAAAAGAACCCAGCAACAACAUCUGUCAUGACAACUAGAGGCGCCCCGAAGCCAGAGGGCUUGUUCGGCUUGACUCUCAGCGAGGCCAGGCUCAUUAUCCUCGGCCAGAUGUGCUGUGAUUCCACUGGCAAACUCGAUUGCGAAAAGAUAGCUGUCAGAGGCGGUUACAAAAAUGCAGCGUCUGCUAUGACUGUCUACCGCAAUGCGAAACGCCGACUGGCCGAACUCUCAGCUGAUCCCCCCGAAGAUUCUGCUGAUGGUGCCAACAACGCUACCGCAGCAACCCCGCUUAAGACUCCUACGAAGCGUAAGAGAGGCAAGGCAGCGAAUGCCACGCCUGAUGACAUGCUUGCCACCCCCAGUGGUACUGUCGAGGCCGAAGCAGCCGUGACCCCAAAGCCCAAGCGCGUCCGGAAGACCCCGGCGAAAAACGCAGCCGCUCCCAAAGUCGUUAUUUCGAAGAUCGAGGAAGGUGAUAGCGACGGGGAAGCUAGUAUGCAACUCGAAUCCUCUCCUCUUGCGCAGGCCAGCGCUCAACACGACGAGGGCGGCGAUUUGUACAAACGGAUCAAGGAAGAGCAGUCUACUCUGGCUGACAUCGAGGAGGAAACUAUGGCUGAUAUUCUGAAAGAGCAUAUCACUGCGUCUGACGAGGAGAGAGUCAUGGCCCCGAUUGAUGUCGCAGCCGAGAUGGAGGCGAUGGAAUCAGUCACGGUCCCGGUAAAGACCGAGGAAUGA